AUGGCUAACUACUUAGUGCUUUCUUCUUCUAUUGUCUUCUUUCUCUUCAUAACAUUCUUUUCAUGUCCUUCAAAUGCUGCAGACUAUAAUGUGCUAAAUUCUGGUGCAAAGCCAGAUGGAAAAUCCGAUUCGACACAAGCAUUUCACAAGGCUUGGGGAUCGGCAUGCAAUUCAACUCAGACAGCUACAAUUUACGUUCCUCGGGGCCGGUUUUUGUUGAAAAAUGUGGUGUUUAGAGGGCUAUAUAAGAGUAGGAUCGAGUUUCGGAUAAAUGGAACACUUGUAGCUCCUUCGGAUUAUCGUGCGAUCGGAGAUUCUUCUGGGUACUGGAUAUUGUUCGUUCAGGUGAACAGUGUUAGUGUCAUUGGUAGGACACUUGAUGCCAAGGGAGGUGCAUUCUGGGCUUGCCUGACCUCUGGGAAGAAUUGCCCUGUUGGAGCAAGGUCAAUAACAUUCAAUUGGGCAAAUAACAUCCUUGUUAGCGGCUUAACACCAAUCAACAGGGAGUUAAGUCACAUUGUAAUCAAUAGUAAGGGUGACUGCAACAAUGUGAUGAUUCGUAACGUGAAGAUUAUAGCACUAGAUCAGAGCCCAAACACAGACGGAAUUCAUGUCCAGUUGUCCAUUAGGGUAACAAUCUCCGGCAACAGCAUAAGGACCGGAGAUGAUCACAUAUCGAUAGGUCCAAGGACCAGAAACUUGUGGAUGGAAGGCAUACGAUGUGGUCCUGGCCAUAGUGUCAGCCUUGGUAGCCUGGCAAAGGAGCUUAAUGAGGAUGGUGUCCAAAAUAUAACCCUAACAAAAUCAAUUUUCACCGGAUCCGACAAUGGCGUGAGUAUAAAGUCAUGGGCUAGACCUAGCAAAGCCUUUGUGAGGGACAUUUCAUUUCAGAACAUCUUGAUGAGGAAUGUCCAGAACCCUAUCAUCAUCUAUCAAAAUUAUUGCCCUAACAACCAAGGUUGCCCUAGCCAGAGUUCAGGUGUGAAGAUUAGUGAAGUGACAUACAAAAAUAUACAUGGAACAUCCGCAACACAAGUUGCAGUGACAUUUGAUUGCAGUCCAAGCAAUCCAUGCAAGGGUAUCAGAUUACAAGACAUAAAGCUCAGUUAUCUCAACAAACCAGCUCAAGCAUCUUGCAGACAUAUUGGUGGUACCAGCACUGGUGUAAUUGUCCCACAAAGUUGCUUAUGA